CAGGCUACAAGUAGAAAAGACGUUUGUCCCCUGGUGCUUGACAGCCUCUUCGCCAAGGAAAGUCUUUAGAUCUGUUUAGAAAGCCUCGAUUACCAGCAGUCAGAGGGUGUACAAGCAACAUUGUGAAGUCCAGGUGUUUUUACCAACCAAAAGAUUCUACCAAAAACAGCGUAUACUGAAAAUGACUGUCACUUACUCUAGCAAAGUUGCCAACGCCACGUUCUUUGGGUUCCACAGGCUGCUCGUGAAAUGGAGGGGCAGCAUCUACAAACUGCUAUAUAGAGAGUUCUUUAUGUUCAUCAGCUUAUAUACUGCACUGAGCGUCAUAUACAGAUUCCUUCUUACAGAAAGUCACAAACGUUACUUUGAAAAACUCGCACUUUAUUGUGACAAAUAUGCUGAGCAAAUCCCAGUAACAUUUGUGUUAGGUUUUUAUGUCACUCUAGUCGUAAACAGAUGGUGGAACCAAUUUGUGAAUCUUCCAUGGCCUGACAGACUUAUGUUAUUAAUCUCCAGUAAUGUACAUGGAAGAGAUGAAUACGGACGCCUGAUCCGGCGGACACUUAUGCGCUAUGUGAACCUAACAUCUUUACUGAUCUUCCGCUCUGUCAGUACUGCUGUUUACAAAAGAUUUCCAACCAUGGACCAUGUUGUAGAAGCAGGAUUUAUGACAGCGGAUGAAAGAAAAGUAUUUGAUAAUCUUCAGUCGCCACAUCUUAAAUACUGGGUUCCAGUAAUCUGGUUCGGAAAUUUGGCAUCAAAGUCAAGAGCCGAAGGGCGAAUCCGUGACAGCGUAGAUCUACAAAUAAUGAUGAAUGAAAUGAAUCGCUACCGAUCCUGGUGUGGUCUCCUUUUUGGCUAUGACUGGGUCGGUAUUCCACUGGUAUACACACAGGUAGUUACACUAGCAGUAUAUACUUUCUUCUUUGCUUGUUUAAUUGGACGCCAGUUCUUAGACCCCAGUCAAUCAUAUGCUGGCCAUGACCUCGACCUAUACAUUCCAGUUUUCACUCUCCUGCAGUUCUUUUUCUAUGCAGGUUGGCUAAAGGUUGCUGAGCAACUAAUCAACCCCUUUGGUGAAGAUGAUGAUGAUUUUGAAACUAAUUGGUGUAUAGACAGAAACCUACAGGUUUCACUUAUGGCUGUAGAUGAAAUGCAUAUGCAUCUACCAAAGAUGAGUAAAGACAUUUACUGGAAUGAUUCAGAUCCACGACCACCCUAUACACUUGCCGCUGCUGAUUACUGUAUUCCUUCAUUUUUGGGAUCAACUGUUCACAUGGGGCUUCCGGAUUCUGUAUUUUUACGUGAGGAUUGGAUGUUGGAGGAGGAGAAACAUCGAAGACAGAAUUCUGUUCUAAGAAGAGUCAAACGAUUCUUGAGUGUUCAUGAGCAUCCUGACUCUCCGAGUAGAGCUGCAUUCAGUCGACAAGGAAGUGAUGCCUCUAAUAUGUUUUUCCCCAGUCCUGAAGCAAAUUAUACUGGUAACUACCACGAGGUGCCAUCUCGGGGAAGAUCUCAUUUUAUGCAUUCUAAAAGACGAGUAUCAUCAGACAAGACCUCAGUGCCCAUCAGCCCAUUAGGAGAUCUAUCAACAAUUCGUGAGGCCAGCAGAUCUGACACGUCAGACAGAAAAACAUCCACUGAGGGUAAUAUUUCACCUAACUCUGUUGGAAGUGUACCUGAAGUCGUAAUAACUACUUCUGAUGAGACAAGACCAAUCUCACAGUGUUCUAUUCCUGUGCAAUCAAAUUCACUUACCACCACGGAGACAUCAGACAAUACAGAAAACCACCAAACUGUUCACGAUAUUAUGCCUGAGAAAACAGUGGCUGAACAAGAUGUCCAAGAGGUAAGUCAGGUAGAAAAACAGUUGACCACAGAUGAUGAGAAGCGCCACCUUGACAGAAAAGACCAUCCAAGGAGAUUCCAUAGAUGGAGCGACUCAGUAUAUCAUUCACAAAGUUCUGUAACAAGUUCGCAACCAAAAAGGAAGUCAUUACUAAACAUUCCUCUCUUAUUGACUAUGGAGAAUAUAAAGCCUGCUGCUCAGAGAGACUCCAGUCCAGACCCAAGUCAACCUACUGCAGAGGAAAUGAUAAAUUUACUAAAGCAUAUAGAUGCCAAAGAAACUGAUAUUGUAGAGUUUAGUGAUGAAAAGAAAGAAGGCGAUAUGUGAAAUCAAACAAAACAUUUGUAAUUAAAAAUGUUACGCAACAUUCAACUCGGUUAUAAACUAAACAACAAAGGUCUUAACUCUGUUUCCCUGCAGAAUAUGUUAUUACUUUGGAAGUCCACCAGGAUAAGAGACUUCGAUACAACCCUUGAUGAUUAUAACGCACCGCCUAAUGAUAAUGCACAAACGCACAUGUAAAGCUCCCUGUCCUUCUUAACAUGCAUUCUACAAGUCUACCAGUCACUGUGACAAGAUCCAUUAUCCAAUCAUUUAAUGGAGAAUAAAGUAUAUAUUUUGUUACAGCCUCAUCUGAACAUGGAUUGAGCCUCGGUUUCUCACAAAUAAUAGUUGCUGAGCUGUUUUGUUUUUUUAUUUCGACUUGAUAUGGGUGUUUAUCAAGAUAGACAAGAAAAUGUGGCAGCAAUGUUAACAUUUGUUUUUCAUAGACUUGUGCCACGUUUUAGCAGCCUGCCAUUUUGAAUUACUGGGUACAAAGCUGAUUUGUUUUUUAAUUAUUUCUUAAAGACUUGGAUACAACCGUAUAUGCAUGACAUCAGAAUUAUGCCACAGCUGGGGUGUUUCUUCCUUUUGCAUUGCCACAAAAUGAUACCAGCAUGGUUUCAACUAACCGGCAUAACGUGGUGAAACUAAAAUAAAAUAAGAAUUUCAACUGGCGUGAAAUCUUUACAUAUGAAAACAUAGCAACCUCAAGGUCAUUUGUGAGUUACUAAAUAGUAUUGCAGUUUUAAGGACAUAAUAAAGAAUAUGUUUUUGGCA